AGGCGUAUUUAAGUGCCGUUGCUCACGAUGUUCGAGGCAAAAUAGAAACACUGGCCGACGAGUGCGAUUGUCGGGGCCAUAUUCAUAAGUCACAAGUCGUCACUUAUCUACUGGAUUACAACUGGAAAAGCGGGCGGAGAUAUAAGCAACAGCAGUAUGAUACCAACAAUAACGAAAAACUACCAGAACGUGGUAAUUAGUACGGGCAACAUCAUCAACAACGAACUGGGCCAACGCCAAUCGAACGAGGAGCUCUACGAUGGCCUGCAAAAAACGCUGCACGAUGACCCAAAAUCAUCGACGUCCGACAGCGUUGUGGUCGAAAUUGACAAGCUGCAUGGCCGCGUGCUGUGCGCGACACAGGAGCUAAACAGCAAACUGACGGAGAAUGGACGCAAUGAGAUUAGCAUCGGUGCAAAGAUAUUCCUUAACAAGAACUCCACGGAGAGUGUGAAUGAAGCGCUGGAAGCGCUGCUUAACAUACUCAAUGUGACACAUGUGGACAACGUGGUGUUGGCCUAUCAUCCGAACGUUGCCAGCGCAACGCCAUUGGCCACAACAACGCCACGUUCGCCCUGUGCAGAGGCAGCCGCCGCCGCCGCCGCGGUUAGUAGUGGAGGUGCCCCCAGCAGCAACAGCAGCAGCGUCACCGAUUCGGCCAACAGCUGGAGUGCACGUAAUGGUGACCAGGGCAUCUCCGACCUGAAGAUACUCUAUAAGGGCCUUGAGCGGUAUGCGCUCAAACAACAAAUCAAACAGUUGGGCAUUGCGGAUCUGGAUGCCAAAGCGCUCGCCGAGAUAUACAAAACAUCGGAGGUGGCGCCAUCCAUCGCACAAGUGAAUCUGGCCGCCUGCUGUGUGGUCCCCGUGGAAUUGCAGGAAUUCUGUCGUGAUCAUGAGCUGGUCCUCAACACACACAGUGAUCCCGAACUGUUGCUGCCCGAGGAACGGUUCUCCUUCCUGGCGCCCGGCUAUACAAUCGAUUGGUCACUGCGCUACCAGGUCUAUGUCCGUUGUCGUGGUGUUCUCACUGCCAAGGGUUACAUUGUUGGUGCCUCCAAGCCGAGCCGAGCCAAUAAUUGAGCACGUAAAUCGCGCUGGCCAUCAAAAGCUGAGCUGAAUUUUCUAGUGUAUAGUUUAUGCACAUAUACAUUAUAUGUGUGUAGUGGCUGUAUAUGUCUGUAUGUAUGUAUGUGCUACUGUACUUAUUGUUUGUUAUACAAAACCCUAGAUGAGAACAGAAAGUCACCCGUAAUUAAUUAUACUACAUAUAUUUAAUGUGCGCUCUUUGAAACGAUUUGAUUGUGAACAGUUUUUUUCUGCUAUACUAUUUUUUCGAGAGAAAAUAAACAGUCUCUGAAACAAAC